UGCACCACGUGGUGUCUCUGACUGGAGGACUUGCUCUGGCCGAAACAACGAAACACCUAAAGAGACUCACUGGACAGAGAGAGAGAAAAAGAAUAAUGUCGCAGGUGUUGCCUUAUGAGGAAACCAUAAGUCGGUACGGUAACGAUGGAGACGAGGAGCAAAUGUCUCUCACCUGCCGCCUGCACAACACCAACAACUUCUACAGCUCCACGCAGAAUAAAAGAGCUCCCAAACUCGGGCAGAUCGGACGGAGCAAACGAGUUGUCAUCGAUGAUGACAGAAUUGACGAGGUGCUCCAAAACACGACGGAAAAGUCGCCGGCGAAAGUGUAACAGAAAAUCAGCGGAGGACGUUUUUCACGUCGGAACGUUCACCUCUGCGUGAAGCAGCACUUUGCGGUGCUCUCCAGUGUGGGUUGAAUUUCACGGCAUGGCACUUGAGGAGAGCAGCACCGGCGCAGGCUCCCAUACGGAGAACGCUGUGCCUGACCUACCGAUUCCCUUCGAGGGCAUGUUUUUGAUCCUUUAUUUAUUUAUUUAUUUAUUUGUUUCCUCUUUAUGAGUUGAGAUCAGUCUAAUAUCGCUAACUACUUGUUGAUUUUUAGUGGUAAAGGUCCCGUUAUUGUGUGAGAAUGCAUUGAUAUAUUAAUUAAUUAAUUACUAAGCACAAAUCACAGACUAAUGGUAACUGUUAUAUUUUGUAUUUUUUUUCCUCACUCACUCUUUCUCACUAAGAGCGCACUUGUGUUUUCUUUCUGUAUAACAUUUUGUGCACAAUGGAACUGUGAAUUUCUUCAGUGAUGUGUUUUUCCACUUUAAAGACGUCUAUGAUGUACAUUUUUGCACCACUAAAAGACUGAGGGAACAUUUUUAUAAACUGAUGAUAGUUUUUUUUUUAAGACUUUUUGAUGUUGCUAAUCGUAACUUUUGUUGUUGCUGAACUGCCUGCGCAGCGUCAAGUGAAUCGCUAACUUUUGUACGGACAAGCAGUUUGUUCAACUGGCUUAUUUGUCGCUGUAGCACUUUUCAGAUAUGGUCGCCACUCUCUGCUGUACAGGAUAUUUAUGAUCCUAAUUUGUGCCAAAUCUUGCAAAAGUAUGCCAGUCAAGCUGUGUCGCUGUGCUCUACGUACUGUGAAUUUCUGCGAGCCUGGCCGUCCUGUCCGUUUCAGGGCUUUUCUAACUGCUUUUGCAUGAGACAGGCUGAAGUGCCUCGCUGUGUGGCAGUGAAACCAGUGUACUUACAGUAACUUUGGAAUGACAGACCUCAAAACUCUUGAAUAUUACAUAUAUGUUGCACUUCUUACUGUUUAACAGGGCUACAUGGCUACAUUGAUAAUGAAAGGUUUGACCAUCAAAAUGUGAAUAUACAAUAAAAUCAACAAACUAUCA